CGCGGUUCGUCCUGCAGUCGCGCGGAGAAAACCGACGCCAAACGUUAAAGAGCGGCUCGCGCGUUCACCGCGGAGGACAAGGAGCCACGGGUUUGAUCGGAAGUAGCCCCCCCACCGCAAAGUGGCGUAAAGAUGUACCACUCUGAUCACAGCGUUGACUUCCCAGACCUCCCUUUCCAAAUCCCAGGCAGCCCUGCACUGCCGGGCAGAGCGAACAUCAUCUGAAGUCGAUCCCUUAACCUCAAAAUCUCUCAUUACCUCUACCCCCUUAUUCGUUCACCCACCCAGGGUGUUUUACUGUUCUUCUCCCUCUCUAAAUCGGGUCCCACCCCACCCCUCCCUCCUGCUGGACCAUGGACAGCCCCCCCAAGCUGUCUGGUGAGACUUUGAUCGUGCACCACAUCCCACUGGUGCACUGCCAGGUGUCUGGGGGUCGGCAGGGCGGCUGUGGGGGCUCACUGAAGAGAGGCAACCCUUUCAGCCCACCAGAGAACCUGGGUUUGAGCCGCACCACUUCUCUCCCUGAACGAGAUGUCCUGCAGAGGGAGGCUCUGCUGUACAGCAGCCUGGUUCAGACCUCCUCUAGUGGCUCCUGGUCCUCCCGCAUAGGAGGCAAAGAGGGCAGAGGGGUUGGGAGGGGGGGCAGCACAGCAAGUGAUGAUUCGUCCUUCACCUCCAGUAAUUCUGAGGACCAGAUGAUGGUGACAGCUCACACAUUGCCCCGUGCUAAGCCCAGAAACCGAAAUCCACUGCGUCACAACCCCUUCCUGCUGAACACUGAAGAUGAAGAUGAUGAGCCAGAGGAGGAGGAUGAUGGAGAUAACCUCAGCGGUUACCUAGAGGAUUCAUCUUUCCAUCUACACGGUGACACUAACUCGGCCCUUGAUGAUGAAGUAGAGCCUUUCCAUCUGCAUGAUCUGAGCUUCGCUUCAGAGCCCUUCCUCUUGCAUAGUACUCUGGGUAAGCCCUGGGGUUUGGUGGGAGGAGGCAAUCGGGAGUCCCUUAGGGGCAUGACCUCGGAUCUCUCCAACCAGCUGGACGGUCUGGAUCUCCUCGAGCUGGAUGGCCAGCGUCGCCACUGCAGCAGUGGUUCCAACAUGUCCAUGGACUGUGGAGAGCAGGACUGGGGGGAUGACGAUGAGGAAGAGGAUGAAGAUCAGCUCAUGCGGUGUGGGCGGAACAGCAAGGCUGGCUCCUCCUGCUCGAGCACUUCAGCCCAGCGCUGCUCCUGCUGCAGCAUCUCCCAGAACUACACCCAGCACCUCCCUGAAACUUUUCCAGAGCCAUUUUCUGAAUGCCAGCAAGGCUACGGCAGCGACUCUUCAUGCAACAGUUCCGAUGGUGUGCUGGUCAAUUUCAGUGUUAUCUAUAACAAGAUGAACAACGCUGUCCCAGACAGGCCCCCAACUGGAGUGGCACCUGGAAACCUCAACAGCUCCACAGACCACUCCUGCACCUCUUCUGUUUCUGAACCACCGACUGGCCAGCGGGAGCCCACCGGAGGGGCUUUCUAUCUUGACCUCCACACUUCCCCAACGGAACCGCCCAAACCACAGCAACCACCUUCCUGCUUGGGUAAUGGCUUUCCUAUCAUCCAUGAGCCACACGCAUCCACGUCCUCCACCUGCUCCUGUUCAGUGGAACACCAGGGGGUACUAGACCUGGACGCCAACUGCAACUCCUACCACCUGCCGCCACACUCAGUCUCAUCAGGUGACCUCACUUCCUGUCUGCAGAGCCAGGCGCGUUUGGUGGUGGCCACCCAGAAUUACUACAAGCUGGUGACCUGCGAUCUCUCGUCCCAGUCGUCCCCAAGCCCUGCUGGUUCCUCCGUUACCAGUUGCUCUGAUGAGCACAGCAAGGGCAGCCCCACCCCAACUCAGCCCAGCGAAUACUACCUUUUCAGACAACGGCCUGAAGAUGAGGCAGUGGAGGAAGAGGAAGAGGCUGAGGAGAAAGAUGAAGAGUCGUCUAGGAGAGAUGAGGAUGAAGAGGAUGAAAAAGAGGAAGAAGAGAAGAAGAAACAGCAGCCUGUAAACGGAGUCGAAACAUCCCCUGCGGUGAUCGAAGGCCAAGUGUACAUCAACGUUUCCCCUCCCAUGGUUGGUCGGGGCCUCAUCGGAGGCGGAGCCACCACAUCUUCCUCGGGUAACCGCCCCCGUUCCCGUAGCUACGACCGCAACCUGGACAAGUCCCCGCCUCCUCGUCUGGGGUCUCUAGAGCGCAUGCUAAGCUGUCCUGUCCGUCUCAGCGACAGCGCUGCCCCACCUCCGACCCCUCCACCACGGGUCACCUCCUUCGCAGAGAUAGCCAGGAGCAAAAGGAGGAAUGGAGGAGCAGAGCGUGUGUCUCCAUCACUGAAGACAGGUGCAGACCCCUUCUCCUCCACCUACUCUGCCCACUCCCACUCCUCUGUGGAUUUCUCCCCUAUCCUGGAGCAGCGCAUCCAGGGCGAAGACCAACUUAACAGCAGCCUCUCCCCGGUGCGCCGCACUCGCUGCUACAGCCAGGGCAAUGUGGGGCAGCAUCCAGUGGGUGCCAGAGAGACAAGAGCCAAGACUGAAGUUCUUUGCAGCCUGAGGUCUUUGGAGUUUUGGUUCAAUCAUCUUUACACACAUGAAGACAUUAUAAUAGCUCACUACAAUUCAUGGGGUUUCCUACCCCUGUCACAGGGGCCAUGUCAGCCACUCUUUGAGGAGCUCCUCCUCCUGCUGCAGCCACUGUCGCUACUCCCCUUUGACCUGGACCUGCUGUUCGAGCCACACCUCCUCCAGAGGGGCCAGGAGCAUCUCCGCCGCAAGGAGCAGCUGUGUUCAGUGGGCCAGGGUGGUGACCACUCAGCUCGCUCUACUUUCCAACUCAUGAGGGGUUGGAGUACUGUCAUGGCUGAAUCAGCGAAAGAGGGUGGGGAUUGGAGAGCUGAGGGAAGGCAUGAAAAAGCAGGGUUGAGACGAGAGGGGACAUGGCCGAGGAUAGAAGGAGUCGGGUCAACACAAGAGCAGGCAGGAGCAAGAUUGGGGUCAAGAAAAGGUGGGGCAGGAGAUGAUAUGAAGACGGGAUUUGCUACCACUCAGACGAUGAUGGAGGCGGGGUUUGCCAAUCUUUGGAAGGAAAAGGGGGUCAGUGGGCAGAGAUUAAAAGGUGUAGGCAGUGAAAGCCAAGGGAAAUGUGAGGAUGGUCGAAAGGAUAGGAGGAAAGAGAGUGAGAGGGAUUUUGUGGAGGAGGGGUGCCAGAGGCAGGAUAGGCAGGCUGGCUGGUGGUACCAACUCAUGCAGUCCUCGCAGGUCUACAUCGACCAGUCCGCCGAGGGGUCAAAGUUUGUCAAGAGCGAGAAGAGAAAGAGGUCAGCUGAGAGACGACAGGGUAAGCUCCCUCCCACUAGGGAAGGUGUGGUGGAAGGAGCAGAGUCAAGCCAGGAAGGGGAGGAACAGAGAAGCAGGAAAAGCAGCAGUAGCUCCAGCGGGGAUGCAGGAACAGGAACCAGGGGAAGGCCCUCAUGGAUGGGCAGCCCUCCAGAGUCAGUACUCAACCAGGAGAAAGAACCAAGUACUCUGGGGGCCGCAGGGACCAGAAAUCAGGCAGCAGCCCAGGAAGAAAGUCCAUCACAGGGUAUAAAUAUGCGCUGGGGCAGGCUCUUUGGCUCUAGCAUGGGCUCUCCUUUGAGGACAGAGGGAGCUGAACAGAGGGCCAAAAUUCAAAAGAGCAGGCUGCCGUCAGGUUGGCUUGGCCUGGAUAGGUCUGUUAUUGACCUCGUAGCACAGACCAUUGGGGCAGGAACAGGGAUAAAGUCAGAGCCUUCACCUCCACCUACUCGGAUCCAAACCUCACCUCAACUACCGUCAGCACAAACUCCUGAAACCAAUCGGUCUCCAUGUGAGGUACGAGCACUAUGCCACCAUAUUGCCACUGAGCCAGGCCAGCUAAGCUUCCACAAGGGUGACAUUCUGCGGGUCCUAAGUAAGGCUGAUCCUGACUGGCUACUCUGCUGCCUGGGUUUUAACCAGGGUUUGGUUCCCAUCAUCUACGUUUCCCUGGAUACCAUGGAGGACAGCCAAGAGCCUGGUGUGCCAGGGCAACACUGAAUUAACACUGUUCCAUGAGAAUUCAAUGCAGAAGAUGGAGGCAAACAGGACAGGGGACAAAGAGCGGCCCUUCCACAUACCUACUGCUUACAAAACUCGAUUUGGUCUGAUCAUACAAAGGUUUUGGCUGGUGAUAGUGUGGUACCAGCACACUGGGGACUGUUUGAAGAAGAAAAACAAUGCAUUAUUUCAGCCGUGAAAACAAUAUACAGACACACAUACAAGGGAAGCAUGCAGGCACAAACACAAAGGUCCAGUCAAAUAUGUAUGCAUGCAUACCUCCAAACACCAAACAAACAAUACAAAAACAAUUGCCAUAGGUUCGUUCUCAAGUCACAAAACAUGUUCUUUUUCUCUUUGUGAAGAUGUACAGCAAGCAUAACUGCCACACCGUCCUUAGAGAGAAUCAGAUCAGGCUGUAGUCAUCACAAUAUGGUUAAUAUACCACACCUAGCUGCACUUUGAACGCAAUGCUUAUCUAUCGGCAUCAGUCCAAGUAAAAAAAAGUUCUGUCUCCAUUUUGCUGAUGGUGGUGAUUGCUCUCCAUUCAUUUGCAUAGAAUCCUCUGAAUCCUUGCUUUGCAGUAAGGUGUUGUUUUGGAUAGUUUAUUAAAAAAAAAUUAAAGGGAAAAAAACAUCAAGAUAUAUACCUUAUUCUCCUGUUUAUGGUUCAAGACAUAGAGGCUCGACAUAUGGCCCCUCCUGCUGCUUUUUCUUAUCGCUUUCUAUAACCAUAGAGAACAACUUCAGAGUAUGUUUAUGUGGCACUACCAUAAAAUUGGGAGGAAAAAAGAAAUCUCACCUGCCUUAAUAGAACACUGGCCUCUUACCCCGGUCACGCAUACUAAGAUAGUUGGACUGUGACAGAAGAUGAAAUACAUGCAUAAUUCUGCUCCUAGUUCACUUCCUGUCUUGACCAGUGGGAAGAAUGCCUACAGGUAUGGAAGGGGGGAAAUAAGGGUGAAACUUGGCUUUGUGCAUGUAACCACGCAACAGCAUUUGUGUCUUCUGCCCUAUUCUCCUUUCUUCACCUGAGCCCCCACCUCCAAACCUCCUCAUACCCCAAAACUCAACCUUUUAUCGCAGCACAUUAUAUAGCUUUGGAAGGGGACAUCAUGCGAUGGUUUGUAAUAUUUUAGCUAUCGGCCUUCAUGUGCAUUUUAUCUCUGGGUACACACUGUAAUUGCAUAUACAACUUAACAUGCAGUGAGCGCUGUAUAUUUAUUUACUAAUUCUAUUGAAAAAAAGCAUUUAAAUGGUCAGUUUCUACAGACAGAAGGAAGGAUGUCCAAUGAAAGCUAAACAAAACUGUGGAGGGGUUCAGUAUGAAUGUGUUGGGGAUUGACUCUAUCCUUUUAUCCUUCCAAUCCAUAUUUUUCGAGGUAUUGGACCAGUAACUGGUUCCACUGUGUUCAUCGACUUGCAUUGAGAGAGGGGUAAUUCAUCCUGUCUAUGCCUUAAAACACUAGGGAAAGACCCGUAAAGUGGACAUUGUUUUUGUCAGAAGCGUGGAAGCUUAUGAUCUACACAAAAUUUUGGCCCAAGCACAAUAUUUGGUUUAUGGUUAACUUGUCAUGUUCCUCUGGUUGACAUCCUCAGAGAUUCAUGUUGACAUCAAAGAAAAGUAUUGCAGAGAAAUAAAUAUGUGAUUUUUUUUCUUCUUCUCCUUUUUUUUUUUGGCGAUCGAGAGGAAGCUUAAAGGAAAAACCCCCAACACAUUUUGUAGUGAUGGCUUCAUGGGCGUUCCUGUGAGUUUGUAAAUGCUACCUGUUGUGUCCAGGUAUUCAAGGUGGCCUUAAUUUAAGACUGAGCUGUGUAGUACAGCUGGCACAGAGCUUGAGUUAUGGCCGUCAUUUACCUGGAUAAAUACUGAGCGUAUAUGGCUUGCCAGUCUAAAUAUUACACAUUAUGAAAUGGUAAAAUGUACAUUUAUGCUGGAAUAAAUGAAUGAACGUUUUUUUUUUAUUUAAUCUGCAUAGAUUAUAAUUUUAAUCAUUAAUUUUGUUUCUUUUUUGUACAGUUCUGUUAUUUUUGAUACUUGUUUUUUUCACAUUGUAAUUCAGCAUAAACAGUUUAAUAUUUUAUCAUCAUUGAGUUGUAAAUAUAUUUAAACCCUUCAAUGAUUUUUUUUGCGAGAGAAGUAUAUAUGCGAAUUAUGAUUUAUUAAUGCAUUAUUGUGCUCAUCGUAGGAAACAAGUAUAAGCUUUAGUUCCAGCGCUAACGUCCUGCUGACCUUACUGUCAGUUGUCCAGUCUGCCCAUGGUAAUAAUAAUGAUGGACGGCUGGGGGGAGUGAUGGUCGUGCGGGCAACACAAUGGGCUCUUGCUCUCCAUCAGUCUUCCGGGCACUGUUUGCUGUCGGCUGUUCAGAAAUCACACGGGACAGACGGUAUUUCACGUACAGAGAGAGGGGUCCGGGGGAAAGGCAUUGGAAUAAGAGAGAGAAAAGAUUGAAAUUUGAUGCUGAUAUAUGUACUAAUGACAUCAACUGAAAAGGGGAGGGGUUUUGAGGGCAGUUUUGAGGGUAAUUAAAGAAUGCUUAAAAAAGGGGAACAGAUUCUGUGAAGAUUAUACCCCUCUCUUUCACUCCUGUCAUCUCUCUCUGCUGCCUGUAGAGACGAAGCUGUUCCUCCUGCGUGUACAUAACCACACUGCUCUCUCUCUCUCUCUCUCUCUCUCUCUCUCUCUCUCUCUCUCUCUCUCUCUCUCUCUCUCUCUCUCUGUGUUCAGGUUAUAGGACGUGUCAAACUACUAUGGAUGUUAACAACAAAGUGCUCAUGUGA